AUGGUGGGUGAGUUGCAAAGAGACGUGGCUGCCUGUGUAGAACUAGUGUACAGCAUGCGCCACGGUGUCCAGCAGAAGGUGGAGCCCGAUGAUUUUGGUGGCGCGGCCAGCAUCAAUUCGAACCCGAAUUUGCCGGCCCCGUUGGAUGAGUCUGGCAAAUUUGCUUUUCCACUUUGCGAUGGCGGCACCUUCAUGCAGAUCGCCCAGCGGGCCAUGAAGACAGACUGGACCCAAGCGGAGUCGGCAAAUCUUUGCCACGCUGCCGGGUUUCUUGAGGCUGAUGACAUCACACUCUUGAAGAGUCAGUUCAUGACUGUAACAGAGUGGCCCCCAGAGCCGGGUAGCAUCUUCAACACAUCCAUAUUUGCUUGGUCCUAUGAGGAUGCAAGCUUCUGGCGUGGCAAGUCAGUGUCUUGUGCAGAGGUGGUGUCAUAUGCUAAGUCCAUGGCCCUCACACGAUUCAGGGAGGGCGAGAUGGUGGCCGCGAGAUUUGAUUCUUGGCCCCCAGAGAACAUGAAGCUUGCAGCCGAUGGGUCGAUCUUUGGUCUGCUGCAGUUCGGGGAUGGGUCUCAGAAGCUCCUGGCCGCAAUCAUCACUUGGAUCUGUCUUUUGUUAACUUGGAAAGCUCAUGGGCAUGACGCUGUGAAGCAACCCCUGGUGCAGUCAAUGAUCAAGUCGUUCCUUGCCAUUCCAACGACUGUGAGAUCUUCAGACACCAUGGCGACUCCCUUGGAUGCCAUGCUGCAGCGAAUCGCCCAGCAAAACGUCGCGGCCCGUGUUCAGCCGAUCAGCACAUUCCAAUGGGCGUCUAUCCUCUACAAAUUCCUUGGAACCAGCGGUGGGGACGCAGAGACAUUUGACGACAUGCUUUCGAAGUACAAUUCACAUCCAAUCGUCCUUGCGCACGAUCGUGGAGAGUCAGGGGCAGGGAGCAUCGCUUUGGACGGAAAGAAGAAGUUUGGAGUACGAAACUGGAUUGAGAGAUGCUGCCCGGAGGCAUACCAAGUUGUGUUGAGCUCAUUGCAAGAUUUGCCGUACCUUCUUGGACCUUUCGGCGAGACUUUCGCCUACACGAACAUGUGCUUCCUGACUUCCAAAGCAUCGCUUGAAGCCAACCCAGACCCCAAUGCAGUGGAUGGCCCUCUUGAAGGAGAAGGCAGCGUGGAAGUGGAUUGGUCUUUGACGAUGACUCCGACGGCUCAAACCAUGUUCUUUCAGAAGGUGAGGGCCAUGUUCAGCAGAGCCACAGUUGGGAUCCAGCCUUCCCAGAAGAAGCGGUACAGGUUAAGCCAAGAGGAUUUGAUUGUGCAGCGGAACCUGGCUGUUUUGAAAGCAAAGCUGCCUGGUGAAUUGGGUGCCGAGCUGGAUUCAAGGUUCACAUCUGGAACCAAUCUCGAUGCGGAUUUCUUGCCGUUUCUGCAGAGUCGACCCCAGCGCAUUGCAGUCUCGAUGCUUCCAAGCUACAAGGUGCAAGCCCAACGUGAUGCAGAAGAAAAGCAGUCUCUGAUUCACUGUGAAGUGCAAGCUCAGAAGGAGGCCGUUACCACUGCCCAAUUCAAAUUCUUUGAGACGGCCUUGAAGCAGGACCAAGCCUUGAUCAGCAAGGUGCAGACUGUUCCCACCACGCUCAAAGCAAAGAUGCACACCAAACUGGUGCAGCAACGUCAGUCGCAAGCUGAUGCUGCUCAGAGGGCCGCCACGGGCUAUCAGGACUCCUUCCUCCGUGUGACUUCCGUUGCAAAGUCGGAUUUGGUCAUGGCAGAAGUUACCAAGAUGAAGUCCCAAGCAUCCAACGCCAAGAUCCCGCCGGAUGAAGUGGCUCUUUUGGGGUGGUGCGACUUCAACGCGCCAUGGGCGCGUACAAAGGAGAAUUGUUUGACUUUGUGCAAGUCAAUCGCGGCUAUCUCGGAAUCGAGCCCCAAGUUGGCGGCCACCGUGGUGCUGCUGCCCGACAACCCUCGGGAUAGCAACCCCAGAGGAUUAUAUGACGAAGAGCGGCAGCUGUUUGAUGAGCUCUACUCAUUAAACCAAGCCUGCGAGGCCCGCUUCAUGGAGUGCUUUGGGCGUGAGUCGAAGCGUGCUGAAGCGAAAAGCAACAGCAGACGCUGGGGUGCAGGGCGGGUGAUCACCUCCAGCUCAAUGCUCAGUGAAAAAAACUGGCUGGACUCGGAGCUUUGUGUAUCCGGCAGGCCUGUCGGCCCGAACGAGAUGCAGGAAGGAGCACCAAUCGCCCUGUUGCCGAAGACAGCGGCCUUGCUGAUCCCAGAGAAUUCUUCCCCAGAUGCUGUUCGCAUCUCGGACCGUUUGAGACCAUCGGCCGAACAAGUCAGUGCCCAGAAGGGCUGCAAAAGACUCGAAAUGCUCUUGGAGUCGGUUCUGCGCUACACAAAGUUCAAGGCCGUUCCCAUCAUCAAUUUGACUGGAUACGUGGAGGAUUUGGCAGUGGCGGUAGCCACCUUGCGAACAAAGUCUGCCCCGCCUGCACCAGAUAGUGGCCUGGCCAUGCCUUUUGACAGGUUGUACUACCUUUCUGUCCACACACUGGACAACAAGGAAGGGGUGCAGUACGCGAAGUCACGCGUGACCCGGGAGCUUUUGGACAUGUGGGUUGACAAGAAGUUCAGCUUUGCUUGUUUGAGCUUCAAUGAUUCUGAGCCAACUCUGAGCGAUACUGAGAAGAGCGCCAUUGAUGCCUUCAAGUAUUACGAGAACCCGCAGUCUAUGGACUUGCAGGUCCUGACCCAGGUGGGCAAUGAGUUUCGGAUCCACCCUGAUCAACAGAGGCAGUGGACGCAGCUGGGAGGCGAGUACGGUGCCAAGUUCGAAGAGCUCCAAAAGGAUCACACUGACAAAUUUCAGAACAUGUUGAAGAAUGUGCUCCAGUCUGGCAGCAUUACCGUUACCGUUGAAGAAGCUGCUGCAGCAGUUGCUCAGGGUGCAGAUGGUGGCGGUGAGGACGGAUCCCAGUCAGAGACCAUGAAGAGUUUUGAGACCGUGAUGGCCCUUGAGGCAGCUGAUGGUCCUUUCCUUGCUCGGUGCGUUUCAGAAGUGGCAGGUAUCGAGAUCAUCAAGGGCAAGUCUGGCCAAAUCUAUUUGCUGUCAGACAAGGACCGCAUCAUAGCGAAGAACACGCUGAUCGGCGGCUUUGGCACGGGCAAGUUGCCAAUCCAGAUCGACAUGCAGAGCCUCAAUGCCGACAUGACUUCCUUCGACAUUAUGUCCCUGUACAAAUAUUUGACAACGGUGGAGCGCCAGAAACGGGUCACUACUCACAGUGUCUCAUACACCGAGAUCACUCGCCUGAGCAGCUCGUCAGGCCAAGAUUCGUUCAAAGUGGAGCCGAAGAACGCCCACUUCUACCAGACAAUUCCAGAUUCUGUUCUGUUGCGGAGUUUUGACCGCGUGCAUGCAGUCACCAAAGUUCAGAAGCCCUAUUGCUUUGCAAAGCGGGCGAUCAGCUUGGAAGCGAGCAAACCUUGUGCCAUGGGAAGCACAGGUGGGCAGUAG